AUGAAGAUGGUGUCGAUCCACGUGGCUUUCGUGAACAGCAAGGACCAAGCCCUUGCUCUGUUCGACCCUCGCCAGCAAUCCGUCGUCUGCUUGUUGCGGUUGUUCGUGGCGUUUGAUCUCGGUGGACUUGCAGAAAACACUCCAGUGCCUCGUCGCCCUGCAAUAGAGACUUGCAUGGCGAGAUGUACACCUCGAGCAAGCAAGCAAGCGACCGCUACUGCGGCUUCCCUACUCAAUCAGACGAUUUCAACGUGCGGUCUCUGCACGACAAGCGGCCGAUAG